AUGGGUGGUGGAACUUCGAUAUGGGCAUCCCCUGAUUGGAAGUCUGAUCCCAAAGAAAUCUUCAAUUGGAAGCUGUUUUACCUGACAACGACAGUCGCCUUUGCUGGGUGUUCUUAUGGCUUCGACCAAGGGAACAUCGGAGGAGUACUUACGCUUCCAAGUUUCAAACGUGCAUUCGGGCUAGAUGUUCUGAGUGAAGAUGAAGCUGACCAAAGAGCUGGGAAUAUUGCCGCAAUGUUGGCGGCUGGUGGCUCCGCAGGAGCCCUUCUCGCAGCCCCAUUUGCGGAUUUCCUCGGCCGAAAGUAUUCGAUGAUCAUUUUCGGUUGUCUAUUUCUCGUUGGAGCUACCAUGCAGGAAAUUGCCACUUUGGACGUCUUCUAUGCUGGAAGAUUCAUCGCCGGCCUGGCUAUCGGAGCUACGAGCAUGUUAGCCCCUCAAUAUCUCGGAGAGAACUCUCCCAAGAGCAUUCGUGGCUCACUCACAACUUCGUAUAACUUAUGUAUUAUCCUUGCAUUGAGUCUGGCUUUCUGGACCAACUAUGGUGUGUCGUUAUGGACCACGUCAAGUAAUCUGCAGUGGAAGUUAGCAUUGGGUAUCCAGAUCAUUCCUGGAGGCUUCAUGUUUUUGAUGAUGUUUUUUGUCAUUGAUACCCCACGAGCUCUCAUUGCUAGAGGAAAGAGGGAACAAGGCCUCAAGAACCUAUGCAAGUUACGCAAUCUCCCGGCAGAGCAUCACUAUGUGAAUCAGGAGUACAUGGAGGUCUGCGCUCAAGUCGAUGCCGAGCAAGAGGUCACAAAAGGACUGAAUUAUUGGGUUGUUAUCAAAGACAUCGUCACUGUUCCUAGUAAUCGCCGACGAUUCUUCCUUGCUGCAUGGCUCUUCUUGUUCCACAAGUUCACUGGAACAGAUAGCCUGAAUUAUUUCGCACCGGAGAUCUUUGAGAUGAUCGGCGUCGCACCCGGGUCUCUUAGCCUGUUAACCACUGGCGUUUAUGGCCUGGUGAAAUUAGCAACAACCAUCAUCUAUGUUGCGUACAUCGUUGAUCGUGUUGGCCGACGGAGGCCGUUGAUGGUCGGCGCUCUUCUUCAGGCAACAGCCAUGCUUUACAUCGCGCUCUACGUGAGAUUUGCGAAUCCUGACUCUACAGGGGGCACUCCAGCUGGCGGUAUUGUGGGAAUUAUCUGGAUCUACAUAUAUGCUUUCGGAUGGUCGUUCGGUUGGUCUGUGGCGCCGUACGUUGUUGCGGCUGAGAUCUUUCCCGCCCGCAUCCGUUCGUUCUCGAUGAGCAUCUGCUUCUUUAUUAACUGGAUUGUCGACUAUGGUAUUACCAAGGCGACCCCGCUCAUGAUGACAAACUUGGGCUGGGGUACAUUCCUGCUAUAUGCAGUGUUAACCUACAUCGGCUUCGUGUUUGUGUUUUUCUGCAUGCCUGAAUUCAAGGGGCGGUCUAUUGAGUCAAUGGACGACUUGUUCCAGCAUUCUAUCUGGACGAUGUGGAAACAUGCGUAUCCAACGGAAGAGGAGAAGGUCCGUCACGAUGUCCAGGAAAAGGUUGUACACAACCUUGUGGACGAGGAAAAGGCGGUUGAGGGUAAAGAACUGGAGGCAACUGUGGUUCACGAAGAGAGACGCGCUUGA